AUGUCUUUCACGUACGGCAGCAAAAACAUCAGCACCCGGGCGCUCCUGGAUGACGAGGUCGAGGCGAUCCUUGACGAUGAGGAUACCGGAGAGCUGAAAAGUCAAGUCCAUUACCACGACGGCGAGAUUCGCCGUAAGGGCUAUACGGUCGCGUUUCGUCGCCUUGUCGAGGUCCAUGGCGCCCUCGACAUGCCCCCCGAGACACAGAGCUUUGGUGCUUCCAGCCCGCUGGACAACGGAACAUAUGAGCCGGCUGCGGAUGGAGACGAGUACUUCCAGAAGCUCGUCAUCGAUGUCAAGAAAACAUCCAAUUCUGAGGCCGGCAUAGGGUUGCAUGCACCCACUGGAGCGGAGGGGACCCUCAAAUCCAGUUGGGCUACGGAGAAGAGCUUCGAGAAGCGUCGACGUCUCAAGCUAUCGAGCACGUCGACAGGUCUUCACAAGGGAACCGACACGGAGGUGACCUUUGAACUUACGCCCGCGUCCGGAGAAGACGGGAUCGGAGACAGUCUCGCGGUCGCCUUGGUUGUCCAGCGAUCACCCGGAACGAACUUUUACAUUGUUGCCAGGGCCACUGCCAGCGUCAACGCACGACUCAAGGACUUUUUGCCCAAAGUCCGUUCGGGCCCGCAUCGACGGGAGCGACGAGGCAGCUAUGCCCAGAGGAGGUUGACGCUAGAAACUUACGACAAGCCUCCAGCGACAUCCUCAAGGGUCUGGGAUACGUCCACGUGGCCGAGAAGGGAAGAGAGAAGCUAUUUUGUGCAGCAAGCAGCUGUACCGGAUCCCGUCACGGCGUCCAAGUCGGCCAACCGUCCGGCGCCACCACCCCACGCCCUGGAAGCAGGUUUGAAGCAUACGCAGGCGGACGGACGUGGUGGAAGCACUGCGUUGCAGCCCGGCCGCUCCUUGUUUGCCAUCCAGACUUCGCGGGCAGCAAGACACCGGCUUAUGUCAGCACACUAUCAGAGCCUGGCACAGCUGCACCAGGAGGAAGCGGAUGAGGUAGAGAGCCUGUUGGAGAUGGUGUAUUUAGGCCAGGCAACGAACUCUGCCCUCUUCCAAAUCUAG